AUGUGGCCAACACCAGCGGAUAUGGUAUUAUUAAAGGGUAAACCGCAUUCGGAAUGGGUACAACCUGAGCCUUUAUCAGUUCAGCAGAUAGAUUUCUACCUAGGCCGUAUUCCAGAAUGGUAUAUUGAACAAAAAUUCCUGAAAAAACCUGGAGAUUAUCUGCUGGCUCGUGGUCAUAAUAAUAAAUUACGUCUGUCAAUAAAAUCACAUGAACCAGGCAAUCCUGCAGUACAUUUGCCUAUUGAAUUUUGUCAAACAAAGCAGAUAAGAGGUGAUAGGAAUUAUUAUUAUCGAAUUGAAAAAACCGUUUGGCAGAAUCGAUCAGUUUGGGGAUUAAUUCAAUCGUAUCAAAAGAGUAGUGUGGACAGUUUGAGAAUAAAUACAAAACGUGACGUACGUCUAAUAGAACCAGUAUUACCAUGUCAGGGAUGUCGUUAUCUGACAACUGAAUACUCAUUUCUACAUAUGCAAAUUAAAGAGAAAUCAGAAAUCAAUAUUGGUGAUUUAGUUUGCAAAGGCGAAAAGUCAACAAUUUACAAAGCAACUCGUUACUUGACCAAAAACGGUUUGAUUAAAACGGUAACAGAACGAUCAAUCAUUUUGAAGGAAAUGGAUGACUGUACUGCCACAGUGCUCGACGAUAUAUUCAGGGAAAUGCAUAUAAUAAGUACAAUUCGACAUCAAAUCGGUCCUCAAACGGUAGUGAAUGUUGAAGCAAUUAUGGUUUUUGGUCGGCCAUACUAUAUCGCUUAUGCGUUAUGCAAGAAAGGCUCAUUAGUAGAAUAUCUUGAAAAAAAUACCGUUAGUAUGGAUGCUCGAAUAAAGAGGCCUCAUUUGGAAAGCAAUACUAAUCAAUUAGGAUUAGAACCUACAGCAUUUUUUUCCGAAAUUCAAUUCUUCCAAUUCUUUUAUAUGAAGGAGAUAUUGAAAAAUGUAGCAUAUACCCUGCAUCACUGUCAUAAGAUUUCCGUCAUUCAUGGAAAUUUGAGAGCUGAAAAUAUAUUCGUUGAUAACGAUGAUAAAACAGCCAAACCGAUUUACUACGUUGGAGGUUUUCAUCAUGCAGUUAUCGCCAAAUCGAAAAAAGUCAAUCCGAAUGAAUUACCAAAUAAACGUUGGCUUGCACCAGAAGUUCUAACAACGAAACUAUUGACACCAGAAUCAGAUAUAUUUGCAUUUGCAUUUUUGAUGUAUGAAGUUCUUACAAUGAAAGUUCCACAUGAGAUAAUCGAAGACAAAAAUGUACUCGAUUAUAUUAGCAAAAAUCCACAUGCUCGCCCAACAGUACCAUCAACAGUUCCAAAUUGGCUAAAAGAAUUGGUAAAUGAGUGUUGGAGCACAAGCCCAGAGAAAAGACCUAAAAUGUCAAAUAUAUGGCAAAAAUUAAAGGACAACAAAUGA